AUGACAGACAUUUCCUCCGAUCCCGUGCUCGACUCGCGGGUCAAUGAACCACUGCUAGGUCGCGUAGAAGUUACACAGCGAUCUGAUGAGGGUAUCUAUCGCAAUAUCUUCACAGCCCUAGUCUGGCAGGGAGUGCUCAAUCAGCCGCUCUCGUUGUUUACCCCACAUCCACUUCUCGGCAUCUCGGGUGUCCUCCUCCAAGUCCAAGCAGCACUUGUUCUACAACCUACUGCAACCCCGCAACAAAAGCUGACUGGCACUCGCAUCCACUAUAUAGUCCAACUCUUGAGUGUUGUCUUUUUCCUUUCUGCCUUCACCAUCAUCGAGAUCAACAAAGGCACACAUCCACACUUUGUCUCCCCACAUGGGGUGUUGGGCCUGCUCACUGUGAUCAUCAUUGUACUCCAGGCUUUCGUUGGAAUCUUCCAGUUUUUCCUGCCGGUGACCGUCUUUGGAAGUGUUGACGCAGGAAAGCGAAUCUAUAAGUAUCAUCGCUGGAGUGGCUAUGUUUUGUUAUUGCUGGAGAUGGCGACUGUCGUGGCGGCGACCCAGACCACGUACAACCUAGCUGCGAUACAUAUUCCGCUGUGGGGAGUGUUGGUGUCGGUCGUCUUGGUGCUCGUCGGGGUGGGAGCUAGGAUUGAGAAGCAUAAGCUGGGGCUGUGA